AUGGUGUUGAUUAAAGCAGAAUCUCCUGAAGAAUGGAGCCCUGGUAUAGACCAGCAGGAGCCAGAAGUCCUCAACAUAAAGGAGGAAGAGGAGGAACUGUGGACCAGUCUGGAGGGAGAACAGCUCAAUGUUAAGGAUGAGGUUGAUGCCAGCAGCUUUUCAUUCACUUCAAGCCCUUUGAAGAGUGAGGAUGAUGACGAGAAACCUCUGUUCUCACAGCUUCAUCAGCACCAAAUGGAAGGCGAAGAUCUUCCAAGCAGCAGCAGCUCAGCUGCCCAUAUGACAGCAGCAACUGGUGGAGAGGACUGUGGAGGAGCAGAAACUAGCAGGAACCCAGAACUAAAUGUUCAUGAAGAUAAUUCCAGCUCUUCAGAGACUGAAGUCAGUGAGGAUGAUGAGGAUAAAGAUGGAAAAACUUUUAGUGAUUCUCAGCUGAAACGCUUGUCAGAUUCUGGGCCAGUAACUGAAGAUGGUGAUGAAGAAAGAAAAGUCCAGACAAGACAGGCAUCAUGCAUUUGUGAUGACUGUGGCAAAAUAUUUACCAGUAAAGCAAAUCUUAUCAGACACAUGAUAAUCCACACAGGAGAUAAACUAUUUUCUUGUGAUGUUUGUGGACAAAUAUUUAACCAAAAGGCUACUUUAAACAGACACAUGAAAAUCCACACUGGAGAGAAACCAUUUCCUUGUGCUGUUUGUAAGCAGAAAUUUGCUAGAAUGGGAGAUCUCCACAGGCACGUAAGAAUCCACAGAGGACAUAAACAGUUUCCUUGUGAAGUUUGUGGACAAAGAUUUAGCCAAAAAACAGUUUUAAACAGACACAUAAGAAUCCACACAGGGGAGAAACCAUUUUGUUGCGAUGUUUGUAGUCGAGGGUUUAGCGAUAAGGCAAAUUUAAAAAGACACAGGAGAAUCCACACAGGAGAAAAAAUGUUUUCCUGUGACGUUUGUGGACAAAGGUUUAGUCUCAAGACAAAUUUAAAUGCACAUGUGAGAAUCCACACUGGGGAGAAACCGUUUCCUUGUGAUGUUUGUGGACAAAGAUUUAUCAGAAAAGGAGAUUUAAAUAUACACAUCAAAAUUCACACAGGAGAGAAGCAGUUUCCUUGUGAUCAUUGCAGACAAAGGUUUAGCCAAAAGGCGCACUUAAGCUCACACAUGAAAAUCCACACAAGAAAGAAGACAUUUCCUUGUGAUGUAUGUGGACAAAUGUUUAGCCGGAAGACCAAUUUAAACAGACACGUGAGAAUCCACACCGGACAGAAGCCAUUUCCUUGUGAUUUUUGUGGACAAAUGUUUAGCCAAAAGACAAAUUUAAACAGACACAACAGAAUUCACACAGGAAACGAAGCAACAAUUUGCAGUGACUCAUAAAACACAAAAAUUCACACAGGUGGGACAGCAGUUUAGCUGUGAAUGUAAAGAU